AUGAAGCAACUCUGGAUGCAUGAGAUGUCGGAUUCUUCGCAACAUCUGCGUCUAGCGCUUACCGUCACUCAUUUGCUUCUCGUCGCUCUCGGAUCACUCAAUGUGCUCGUCAUUUUUCUUAUAUUAUCAAGACCUUAUUUACGGUCUAUAACGAAUGUCUACAUGAUUGGUUUGUGCCUAGCCGACUUUAUUUACCUCACCGAUUUGUCACUUGUUGCUGCCACAUCGCUCAACCUCAAAAGUUGGCCAUUUGGCUCAGGCUUGUGUCAUUUCUACCAUGGCACCGAAACCACAGGGAAAUAUGCGUCGGUGUUGUUUGUCGUCUUAUUAGCUGCCGAUAGAUAUCUAGCAAUGUGCAAGAGCGAUGUCAGCUCUAGAUUCAGGAACUACCGAGUAGCAUUGAUUCUCAGUUCGUUCGCAUGGAUAACCGCCAUUGCUUGCAGUCUUCCAUUGUAUCUUUACGCUAAAGAGGCAACAUUCGGUGUUCGGCAGCGAAAUUCAAGCAAUGGAGAAUAUCUUAACAAAACAUUUUGUUUGGUUCACUGGCCAAGCACGCCGGCAGCUCAAUGGUACAUUACUACGUGUUCUGUUCUGAUAUUUAUAAUACCUGUACUAGUUAUAUUCUAUUGCUAUUAUCAGGUAUUCUGUAAGCUACGGGAGGCAGCAAAGGGCUCAAGGCGAUUGCAACGUUCCACUACAACCCGAGCACCUUAUCAGCGGGUGACGCGCAGUGUUCAGCGGGUCGUGCUUUUUCAUCUCCUUUGCUGGACACCAUUCUGGUUGUUCAACUUGUUCUCGUCAAUACUUCGGGUCCGUAUCACGUCACAGCUUGAACGAAUCGUAGUCAAUAUUAUUCAUCUAUUUCCUUAUGUUAACUGUGCUUUAAAUCCACUUCUAUACGCCUACGGAACAGAAAACUUUCGAAUUGCCUUCAAGUCGAUGUUCUUGUACACAAACAGAGCAACGCGAGAGAUACAUGGAUCGCGACCAAGUACCAACACAAGAAGCACAUACUACUGCAGCAACAACCAAACUACACCCGAGGAGCCAAGCACAGGACUGCUUUUACGACGGCCGUCAUCAGGAAGUAAGGGUGAUGGUGGUAGCAACAAUGGACCAUCAACGGACGACUCUUGGCGGGCUCAACCCAUAACUUUCAAACCACCGCGGAGAUCCGUUAAAGUUGCACAAGACGAUAAAACGCAGGGAGCCAAUCUCCAUACAACACGGUUACUUUGCUGUGAGGAAAUUCGCUUUCCCUAUCCUACGGGUUCACAACUAGCGAGGACAAUCCAAGGUUUUCAAUCAUAUUCUGUCCGAGAAGGAAUCAAACGCAGGAAAUUUGCCAUCUGGAGAAGUCUCCCAGGAAAAAGGCCUUGGAUAUCUGAUGGAAGUUGCUCAGUCACCAACGCGCCGCAUACAUAG